UUGCUAAAAGCGGCGUAAAAAUAAACUCACUCGCCUUUGCGUUAGAUGCAUAAUGCUUUGUGUCAGUCGGUACUUGACCCUUGAGAUCGGCCUGGCAGGUGGACUGACUAACGCCUCCAAGAUGUCGCCUGGCCACUACUGUGCUAUUACAACCAUGCAAUUGUCACAAAUGACAAAUGUUGUUGCUUCAUUGAUGUUCUUGUGUAUUUGAAGACAAACAUAUAGAUACCCCAACCAUUAAACCCGGCAUAACAGUUAGAAUGAGAAGAUUCAAUUUCAUAAAAGUCAAACACUAUACUCAAACUAUGGCCAUUACUUGAUCAUGUUACUACACACAUAGUGACUCUGAGUGAGUGAGGUUAGUGUUGCACGUAUUUUCAUGUUUUGUAAUAAUAUACACGUAUAAAAGAACGAAAGAAAACAUUUCAAAUACUUUCGAUGAAAUUGUUCGAUUUCUGGACGUAAUAAACGGCAGGAUCGUGCUGACAAAAUAUAAAUACAUGUUUGGUUAUUCUGUUGAACGGGGGAAAUGUAAUGAUUUUCUUAGAGGUGUGGGAGAGACAUCGUUUGGCAACGCCACGACUUCCGCCAUAUCAUUGAUUCUCCUAAGAAGGAGUUAUUUACAUAUUUAUUGUUUUCAGAAUGAUUCCAGGGGCAUGUCUAAGAGCUUAGAGGUCAAACAUGAUGUUUGUCACCACUCAAGAUCGGGACAGCGACAGCAUCAACACUUCUUCAACUAUGGUACUAUGCUCAGAUUCCUUACGGAAGAAGAAGAAGAUGCUGAUCUUUCUCAUCAUCCUGUCUCUUUGUGCCAUAUAUGCUACUCAUGUUUACACCGAUCUUGAAGGAUCAUCCUUUUCAGACCUUCCCUCUGUUCUAAGAGAUAGUGUGUACCCUAGAACCAGAAGGAAAUGCCCUGAUGUCCUGUCAUCAAUGUUGAAGGGUAGCUGGAAAAAGAGGAAUCUGACCUACUUAGAAGAAACGGAAAUGGAACUGUUCCUUUUAAAAACUCGUGGUGGACACAGCAUACCGAUGACGCUUGACCGCAAAGAUGGUCGCUGUGGAAACGUGACGUUUGAUUCGAUGGCGUCAUACAAGCUCCAUCCUUUACUUUGGUUCCGUGCUCUGUGUAAUCCAAGGGGAGAUAAACCCUGCUGUCUCAAUGGCAUGUGCGUCAAGGCCACUGAGGAGCAGUGUCGCUGCCCUAACUGUUAUGACAUGCGGCAACAGAUUCAUGCUGAAUAUGCUACAUGGACACCUGUUAAUCCAGACUGCCAACCAAAACAAUACACACAGACAGAAGCGUGUCGUCUUCUCAAGGGGAGCUUACUCUAUAUCAGUGGAGACUCGUUUAUACGUCACAUCUAUACGGCUCUCAUAUUGUUGCUGAGAAAUGAUUUUGAACACGGGGCAAUACUUCAGACAGCUUCAGAGGUGAUAAAGAAGGAAUGCCGAGGAAUGUACAUGUUUACUGAAAAGGUGUGCAGGAACUGGUUGGACAGACGGGUGUCAGUCUGCGAUGGAACAGUGAACGUCGUCCUCAACGAACAAGUAGCAUCAGCAAACGGAGCCUCCUUACCAAGACUUACACACAGCUUAGCAAACACCAGUAAAUCCCUUCUAAUCCUUGGUAUAGGCAUUCAUGAAAAUUAUAAUCCAAGACCCGUAAUGUUUUCAUAUUUGCAUCCUUUGCUAGACACUCUUGUUAAAUCCAAACAAGCAUGGCCGAGGGUAUUAUGGGCGGGACCUCAUGCUCCGGGAAUUCUAAAAACUCCACGGAUACCUCAACAGAAUUACCAAAGUGUUCUGAAGUAUAACACAAUUAUCAACAACUAUCUGACGUCAUGGGGUAUUCCUGUGUUUGAUACGUUCAAUCUGACGGAAGGUGUGAUGAGUUUUGAUGGUGCUCACUACGGUCUGGGGAUAAACAAGAUGAAGGUGCAGAUUUUACUAAACUACAUCCAAGAGCUUUCAGAUAAAGGGAUUUGGUGAAAACGAAAUGGCUGAACUUAGGUGCUGUUUCCUUCGUAUAGGAAAAAAGAGUGAGUG